UGCUGUCCUGCCUUGCCUGAUUAUUUUGCCUUCAACAAACAGAUGUUUCUGCAGGUUGGACGUUACUUGGGGGCAGGAACAAGGGAAAGUCAGCUCCUGGCUGUGAUUGGUUAACACAAGACAUGUGCCUCACACUGAUUGGACCUCUGCGCAGACUGUCUCUUCCCUCGUGAUCUGUGUUAGGAGGCACGAGGGAAGAGAUGAAUAGGCAGGGGGAGCCUGCUAGCGUCUGACUCUGAGAGGAUAAAAUGGACGCCGGAGGAAAAAGCCAGGGCAAGGACAACAAUGGAGGAGAAGGCUGCAGCAGAAUGGCAUAGAGCUGUGGAGAGACGCCUGUUGCAGGUUUUGCUGCUGAGAGCAGCAGUCAGUUAGUGCGGCCACUUGCGUCACAGCUUGUUGAUCCUGAGGAGGCAAAACUAGAAAGUGAGGUUCAGAAAGGAGGCCCUGUGCACGAGGAGGAGGAGGGCAUGAAGCAGUGCCAGUUGCCCACAGCCACAUCUGCAGAACAGCAAGUACCAUGGUUUGGCUUUGAGAAAGCUUGUACAUUUGUGAGCCAGAGUGGGAAAAAUGUUGUUGUACGAUGCAAUUACUGCCUUCCAAGGAUCAAAAAUCUGAGAUCAGCUGUUUCCUCCUCAUCCAAUGUGAAGAAACAUUUUGAGAGGGCACACCCUGAGAAGCUGAGAGCAAUUGAAGAAGCAAUAAAGGCAAGGAGACGUGGCCUUCCUGAACCAAUGGAUGACACCCCUCCUCCCAAAAUGCUGAAGCAGCAGCAGACAACCCUUGAGAGGUGGGGAUCUGGCAGGGAUCUGCUUCUUCUGGCAGCCUGCGUACACCCUCGCUUCAAACUAGAUCGGCUGGAAUCAUGUCAGGCCACCACCCAUACCAACAAAUACACAAUGGAAGCCUUGUUGAAAGCUGAAAUAAAGAUGGGUGUACUUAAUGAGGACAGUGAUCAGUCUUCAGAUAAAGACCAGGAAGGAGAUGACUUAGAAAAUGACUUCUUUAACUUUCUGCCCCAGGGCAAGAAGUCAGCAGUGGACACUGCUGAGGAGGAACUGGUGAGGUACCUGAGGUCUCCCAGCAGGGAAGUGUCAUCACUCCAUGGCUUUCCACGUGUGCUGCGGUGUUUUUUGCAGCACAACACAGGCAUGCCUUCAAGCGCCGCAGUAGAACGCCUGUUCAGUACUGGUGGCAACAUAAUGACUGUAAAAAGACAUUCCUUGUCUGACAUGCUCUUUGAGCAUCUUGUUCUUUUGAGACAUAACAGAAACAUAUUAUAAAAGCAUUUCAAGUGUAAAAUUUGAUUUCAAGAGUUGGGGUAUCUUCAUU